UGUGUGCGCGCUCACGCGGGCUAUUGUGUUUUCAAUCAACAAGAAGAGCACCGUGUCCAACACGGUGAACUGAGGCAGCCAGCUGAGCGACAGGGCACCGUUAAACCAUGGCGGACGAACAAGAGAUCAUGUGCAAAUUAGAAAAUAUCUUGGAAAUACGGAACAAGACGAUCCAGAUGCAAAAAAUCAAGUCUCGACUGAAGGUUGAGUUUGAGGCUCUGGAAUCUGAGGAGAAGCAUCUCAAAGAGUACAAACAGGAGAUGGAUCUCCUUCUACAAGAGAAGAUGGCACAUGUGGAGGAGCUGCGGCUCAUUCAUGCAGAUAUUAAUGUGAUGGAAAGCACCAUCAAGCAGUCUGAGAAUGACCUGAAUAAGCUGUUAGAGACGACUCGCCGUCUGCAUGAUGAGUACAAACCCCUGAAGGAACAUGUUGAUGCCCUCAGGAUGGCUUUAGGUCUACACAGACUGCCAAACCUCAACGAAGAAGAGGAGAAACUGUCUCUGGAUUACUUUGAGAAGCAAAAAGCAGAGUGGCAGAAGGAGCCACAUGACCCUCCCAUCCCAGAAUCCCUUGCAGCUGCUGCAGCAGCGGCACAGCAGCUUCAGGUGUCCAGGAAGCAAGAUGCCCGCCAGACAGCUACCUUCAGACAGCAGCCUCCACCUAUGAAGGCUUGCUUGUCCUGCCACCAGCAAAUUCAUCGUAAUGCUCCCAUCUGCCCAUUGUGCAAAGCCAAGAGCCGCUCCCGCAACCCAAAGAAGCCCAAGAGGAAGCCAGAUGAGUAGAUCCGACCCCAUCUUCAGUUGUGUUUAUAAAGGGAACUGCUCCAAUACACUGAUCAAACAUUAGCCACGCCAAUAACAAUGUGUGGCUGAAAUACUGUAAGAUCUGUGCUGCUGGACGACUUCCACAUUCACUCCCCACUGAAACAGUAUCUUGUUCUUAGUAACUCGGUCCUAAGCUGUCAACAAAUGACUGAGGAUCUGAUAACGUCUUUUUGUUGUCUGUUUUUAUUAGUGCUUUGGAUGUGUAGCAGUAUGACUUCCAUAGUAGGUUUUAAAUAGGUAACUGCAAUAAUGCAAAAAUGAACUUGAUUAAAAAAAAUGUCCAAAUAACUUCCAUGUUCCAUGUAUUGUCCAUUGCCAUAGAUAUUGUGCUGUACUUAUUAUGUUUUAAUGCAUGAGGCUUCCAUACCUGUCUGUUGUGCCAAUUAAAAUAGGUUAAAUUGCUAAGUUAAAUAAAACAGUGUUGUUUUAAUGUUUACAAAGUUCAAGUGACUUUAAACUGGACAAAAAGAGGCCAGACCCAUUUGCUCUGAAUAGUGUUGAGUGUAAUACUUUAAUACAGUGAUAAGAAAAUAAAUGGCUGUUUUGUACUAUA